AUGUCCCAUUUCAAUAAUUGGAAGAGCACCCAAAUGAGCCAGAGCUUGACGCCACAUGACAGCAUCAGGGUUUCUCAUGAGAGGAAAAGGGAGAACAAAAAGCAUGAAGAGCUUCCAGAGGGCCACCACUCACCCCAUGGUCAGAUGCUGCAGGACAAGGAGGGUGUCAGGAGUCCUGAGAGCAGAGCUGAAGAGGCAGGAGAAGGCAGGGCUGCAGAGGAAGGACCCCUCCUCAGCAAAACAGAACUACAAAAAGAUAUUCAAGGAUCAAGUGACAGCAAAGCCUCAGGACAAGAUCGUGAAUUGUCCCCUCCAACAACGAAGAACUUCCGAAUAUACGACGUGAGCCCCCUUUCUUCUCCUUACCCGUUGCAGACUGAGAAGAUGAGUCCCCACAGAAGGGCACGUAUGGCCCGUCUGCCCCAGCAGGGCCCUUUCCGGCACCUUAUGGACAUGAAGGCAGAGAAGAGGCUGGCCGGGUGGAAGGAACGCCGUAGCCGCUUUGGUGACAUCAACGUGCACAAAUGUUAUCAGUUUGGGCAGGUCUUCUCUCCUUUCCAGGCUCUGGCCACCACAGAGAUGCGGAGGUUGGUGCUACCCAGAGACUUGCCUAUGAGUUCUCACAUGCGGAGAAUAAAUACUUCAUCCCUCGGUGACAUGAAUCUCCAGGAUUUACCCCUGUCUCCAAAAGAGCUGGCCUUGGGAAAGGAUGAUAGCCAUCGUGAGAAAGAGAAGCCAGUGAACCACAUUAAAAAGCCUUUAUUCCCCCCGAUAGUUAAAGUCCUCUCCCAUGUGAUGGAAAUUGCAGAAGCCUCAAACCUCCGUUUGCAUCUCAUCACUGCACCUAGAAAACUAUUCCAUCCUUGA